GGGCCCUGAAUAUCCAGCUUUCUUUGGAGAAAACCACUGCAUCAGGGCGGCGCUGUUGGCUACAGUCGCCAGCCCGGCUGACCAUGGCCCUUUCUGCGGAGACCGAGUCACACAUCUACCGAGCUCUGCGCACUGCCUCUGGGGCUGCCGCCCACUUUGUGGCCCUGGGCUUUACCAUCUUUGUGGCUGUGCUUGCGAGGCCUGGCUCCAGCCUGUUCUCCUGGCACCCUGUGCUUAUGUCUCUGGCUUUCUCCUUCCUGAUGACCGAGGCACUACUGGUGUUCUCUCCUGAGAGUUCACUGCUGCGCUCCCUCUCACGGAAGGGCCGAGCACGCUGCCACUGGAUGCUGCAGCUCGUGGCUCUGCUAUGUGCACUGCUGGGCUUCAGCCUUGUCAUCCUCCACAAAGAACAACUUGGCAAAGCCCAUCUGGCCACACGGCAUGGGCAGGCAGGGCUGCUAGCUGUGCUGUGGGCAGGGCUGCAGUGCUGCGGUGGGGUGGGGCUACUCUACCCCAAAUUACUGCCCCGAUGGCCCCUGGCAAAGCUGAAGCUAUACCAUGCCACUUCUGGGCUGGUGGGCUACCUGCUGGGUAGUGCCAGCCUCUUGUUGGGCAUGUGCUCACUCUGGUUCACUGCCACCGUCACUGGCGGAGCCUGGUACCUCGCUGUGCUAUGCCCUGUCCUCACCAGCUUGGUCAUUAUGAACCAGGUGAGCAAUGCCUACCUAUACCGCAAAAGGAUCCAACCAUGAGCUCCUCCCAGCAUAGGGGAGACCUGGAUUUGCCCUUUACUGUAGGAGCUGGGGCUGGGACCCCCUGGACUCUUUCAGCUGACUUCGACAUCUCAGGCACUGGCUCAGUCAAGGGUAGGAGAAGACCCAUGUGUGAUAUUUUUGCUUCUUAUGCCAGAGUGUCUCCCUUUUCCUUCUCUUCUUUCCAUCAUCCCAGAGGAACAUACAGAUCAUGUAUCUGGAUGAAGCUGGGUUUGCAAGAUUGCCUCCCCAGCAAUGCAGCUCACACUUGUACUGGUAUGUUCAGAAAUUUCAGGAUAAAAAAUAAAAUUAAAAAA